AUGGCAUCUCCCGCUCCCAAGGUUCGCGUCGGAGUCGGCGUCUUUGUGCUGGCCUCUAAGAAUGAAGACCGGGAGAACCCACGAUUUCUCAUCGGCAAGCGGAAGGGUUCUCACGGCGCUGGCACAUAUGCUCUUCCCGGCGGCCACUUGGAGUUUGGGGAGGAGACCGAGGACUGUGCUACACGCGAGCUGCUGGAAGAGACUGGUCUCAAGGUUACCGAUAUUCGCUUCAUGACCGCCACAAAUGAUUACAUGCCAGACGACAACAAGCACUAUAUCACGCUAUUCCAUGUCUGCGUUAGACAGAAUGAUGACGAUGAAGCUCAACUGCUGGAGCCAGACAAGUGCGAGUCCUGGGAGUGGGUUACUUGGAACGACCUGCUGGAGUGGACGAAGGCACAACAGGAUCCAAGCCGGGAAGGUGAGGCUUUGAAGCACAAGUUGUUUAUACCACUCCUCAACCUUGCGAAACAGCGGCCAGGUAUCCGUCCAACCGACCUCUGCUGA